AUGGGAGCAACACAUUCGUCGAAAGGUGUUCGAAGAGCUGAUCACGUCGAACUUUUGCAAACACUCGAAAAAAGGAGCUUUGGUUCUGUUUUACGUACCUACAACAAGAGUUUUUUGGGAUUCGCAGCACUUUUGUCAAAGGAAGAAGCUAGAUCAAUGGAAGGAAGUCGUGGAGUGGUGUCUGUUUUUCCAGACUCAGUUUUACAACUCCACACGACUCGUUCUUGGGAUUUUUUGUGGAAGCAAGAUGCUUUAAGAAUUAUCAAUAAAACAACGACUACUACUACCACAUUAUCUCCUCCUUCUUAUACAUCAAAUUGUUCAUCCAAAAAUGACGACACUAUCAUUGGGAUCUUAGAUUUAGGAAUUUGGCCUGAAGCUCCUAGUUUCAGGGCCACUCGAAGCAUGCGUCAUAUCCCAAAGCGUUGGAAAGGAGAAUGCAUGGGAGGACCAAAUUUUACUUGCAACGGGAAAUUGAUUGGAGUAAGGUACUAUGAGAAUGAAUACACUCCAGGCGAUACCACAUCAGGUAGGGACGAGGUGGGGCACGGAACACACAUUGCAUCAACUGCGGCCGGUAUGCCCGUCGAUGGAGCAUCGUACUAUGGGUUGGCCGAGGGGACCGCAAGAGGUGGAUCCCCAAGUGCAAGAAUCGCAAUGUAUCGUGUUUGUGGAGCUAAGAAUUGUUCAACAUCAGCAGUCCUCAAAGCAAUUGAUGACGCAAUUGAUGAUGGGGUCGAUGUGUUAUCCAUGUCGUUAGGCAUGCCUGAAGAUAAUUUUAUCGCUAAUCCAAUCGUUCUUGGAGCCUUCCAUGCGGCACUUAAAGGUACCACUGUUGUGUGCUCCGCAGGGAAUAAGGGCCCUGAUGGUAUGACGAUUCAAAAUUUUGUCCCUUGGAUACUAACUGUUGGUGCAACCACUAUCGACCGCGAAUUAGAGGCCGAUAUUGUAUUGGAUGGGACAACAGUUUUUAAGGGUGGAGGCAUAAACUUUGCUAGCCUCAGUAAAACUUCCAUUUAUCCUUUAAUUUAUGGAGCAACCGCAGCUUCCAACCACCAUAAUCGACACAAUGCAAGGUACCAUUGUUAUCCAGGUUCAUUAGAUCACCGCCAAGUGAAGGGAAAAAUACUUUUAUGCAUAGAUGACGACGAGGACGACUAUGGAACAGAAGAAAAGUUCGAGUCACUAAAGGAACAAGGCGGCGUUGGUAUUAUAGCGAUUAAUGACAUUUUUCGCCGAGUGCCGUUGUCUUAUGGAACUUAUGCAAUUGCCGUUGUGAGCAAAGAAGAUGGAGCUCGAAUACGAACUUAUAUCAACUCAAACAGGAAUGCACUGGCGACAAUUUUACCGACGACAACCAUCCUGAAUACCAAACCAGCACCUGUUGUUGCAAUAUUUUCUUCAAGAGGCCCACCACCAGGCAUUCCAAAUCUUAUCAAGCCUGAUGUUGUCGCACCUGGUGUUGGCAUCCUCGCAGCGUGGCCACCAUUAGAUGAUGAUCAAAAGAUCAACGGUAGGGAUCCACCCGGCUUCGCUAUAGCUUCAGGCACAUCAAUGUCUUGCCCACAUGUUUCCGGGCUCGCCGCACUUGUCAGAUCUCAAUAUCCCAAAUGGGGUCCCUCGGCUAUCAAAUCGGCGAUAAUGACGACAGCAAUACAAACCAACAAUCUACAAAGCUCAAUUACAACACAUGACGGAAUGAUAGCCACCCCUUACGAAAUUGGUUCAGGGGAAAUAAGCCUCACGACCUCGCUACAACCAGGUCUUGUGUACGAGACAGAAAACAUCGACUAUAUUCAAUUCCUUUGCAACUUAGGAUACAGCACGUCUAAAAUAAAAACCAUGGCCUCGAAUUAUAUUCCUCAUAACUUUUCUUGUCAUCGUGACUCGCAUCCUGAUUUGAUCUCCGAUAUGAACUAUCCUUCAAUAGCCGUUUCUGGAUUGAAAGCAGAUGGAAUCACAAAAACGGUGAACAGAACAGUAACUAAUGUUGGCGAACCAUGCUCGACCUACAUCGUAUCCAUUGAAGCUCCAACUAGUUUGGAAGUUCAAGUGGUGCCAAGAACUCUGCAGUUCACCAAAAAUAUUAAAAAACUACAAUUCCAUGUGAUAUUUAAGGUCAUUACAUCUUCGGCUGGUGAGAAACACUUGUUUGGUUCAAUCACAUGGGUAAGUUCAAAGCACAAGGUUCGGAGUCCAUUUGUUGUGAGCAAGGCUAAAGAAAAGAAGUUAACGGGCUAG